GAUCGCCCCUCCCGGGGCUCCUUGCGUGGCUAGCUGUGUCCGUCUCUCCUUCGUCCUCAGCUGGAACGGACAGAAAUUUCUACGACAAGUUUUUUGUUUCUGGUCUCAGUUCCUCUCCUGUGAGCUGCGGGGAAGGGCGGAGAUGAAGGACUCAUGAGAUGUAAUCUAUCUGGCUGGCGCGGACAAGGGUGUAAAACCCCAACAAACCUGUAAUCCCCCUUUCUGGGCGGAGUGCGACGACACGUAUAGAAACCCCCCCGAUCUCAGUGCCAGGGAGCCAGGCAGGGGCUGGGGAUGCUCGUGCUGGGAGCAAUGGAGAGGGCGGCAAUGGAAAGAACUCCGCUGUUGUCAGCAGCUGCUCUCAGAGCUCCGGGGCGCGGAUCUGUUUCCGGUGCUGGUCGCGCUGCUGCCCGGGACUCGGCUCUCGGACCCACCCACCGAGGCUGUGUGUCAGAUCUUUAAACCGUUAUCUGCUAACAGCUUGAAACGUGUACGUGGUGGGCGUGAGAUUCAUACGUUCAGAUGCGCACACACUUCAGAGCUUGCAUGCAUGCCUGUUUGUCUAUUGUGUGUAUCUUGUUGACUACUACGUGUCCAUACUUCAACGGGCCGCUUUGCAUAUACAGUGGAGUCGCAUCAUACGUGCAUUUAACUGACGCGAAUUUAACUCUACGCGCUCGGCAAAAAAAAAAAAGGAAAAAAAAGAAAAAAUAAUGAUUCUGCCCACCAUUCCACUCAAUGAGCAUAUUCCCCGGAGUGAGCGUGAGAUGGGAGACGUGAAUCUGCUGUUCCCUCGGUCGGUCUCAGUUCCCGCGUGCCUCUCAUAGUGUGAGCAUCUCGCCGCGCUGCAUAUCAGUGGUGGAUGUAGCUGUAGGUCUGACUCAUCUGUUUAGCACUUUGGGCUGAGGGGAUGGGAUUUGAUUAUCACAGCAGCCACUGACCAUUUUAAAAACAAGACUGGAUGUUUUUCUAGGAAUUAUUUGUGGACGUUCUAUGGCCUGUGUUGUACAGAUCACAAUGGUGCCCUCUGGUCUCAGAGUCUAUGAAUCUUUGACAGCAUGGAUUCCCGCUCGUCCAGAGAAACUGCCGAAGAAGAUGGAGGCAGAGCUGAGAAUCUGCUGCUGAUCGGAACCGACUUUGCUUUGAGGCCGUGUGGACCCACACUUGAACCGCUUCAGUUGAACUGCUGCAAGCGUGUGUGUGGACACUCUUAUUUCAGUUUAGCUUAAACCUCUUCCUAGAGGACUUGGAGCUAAAUCGCAAUCAGUCUGGUUAAAACGGGAACACACGCACGCUUUCACUGGCUGAGCACCAUGCCUUUAAACUAAACCGGUGCGUAACUGAAUAUACAUGGAUCCUGAAUCGCAGAGAGCUGCAGCCAGUGAGAUAGAGCUGCUCAGAGUCCAGCAUGCCCCCCAGGGACUCCAAGAGAGAGGAGAGACGGAGGAGCGCUUUAACUGCAGUGGAGGUGCGGAGAGAGGCCCUGGGUCUAACCACACGCUCAGGAAAUGGGCUUCCCGUCAAGUCCCAAUCCCAGCUGUCGUCCUCGCUGCAGUCACAGUUAUUAUGUUGAUCACCAUCAUCACUAUCGCUGCUUUAGCAGAACUGUUAAGAGUGGAAAAAUCCAAACCACCUGUGGCUGCUCCGGGCCCCCCUGCUGGGCCCUGCUGCCCGGACGGCUGGAUCGGGUACCGAGGGAAAUGCUAUUAUUUCUCAGAGACUGACGGGAACUGGACCUACAGCCAGAGCCAGUGCUCUGCACUCAACGCCUCCCUGGCCGCGAUCGACAGUGAGCAGGAAAAGGAUUUCCUGCUGCGCUAUAAGGGCUUCCUCGACCGUUGGAUCGGCCUCCAGAGGAAGCCAGGCCAGCCCUGGAGAUGGCCCAAUGGCACCGAAUUCGACAACCGGUUCCCGAUAAGAGGAGGCGGCGACUGUGCUUUUCUGAUUGAUGAGAACUGGUUCGGCAGCUCACGGUGCAGCACAUGGAGACGCUGGAUCUGCAGCAAAUCUGAUCCCUAUACGAUGGGGAAGAAACGUGCUGUGGAGUUAAAACUUUGAGACUCUUAGGCCUUGGCUACACUUGCAGCUGUACAGCGCUGUGAGUUAAACCCGCCUUCGUACAGCUGAGUAGGGAAAGCGCUGCAGUCUGUCCACACUGCCAGCUGCCAGCGCA